UUUAUCACCCCGUGCCUUCGCUCCUGUCCAUCAGACGCCUGCCUCUGCUCUGCUGCGGUCUUUUUAUCUCAGAUCUUCAUCUCCCCGAUAAACCAUGAAGCCGUCCGUCCUCCUGCUGUGCGUCCUGGGAGCUCUCCUGGUCUCCUCAACCUUCUGCCUCAAUGCGAUUGGACCAGAAAACUGCUGUUUCAGAGUGUACCCAAGAGUAAUAGGUCCAAGAAGGAUCCGGAGUUACACUCUGACUGACGAACGCUGCACCAGAUCCGGCGUCAUUUUCGUGACCCAAAAGAACCUGAAUGUUUGUGUGGAUCCGAACUUGCGCUGGGUCCAGGACAUCAUGAAGAAACUGGAUCAGAGCUCCUUUUAAACCGCUCCAGACUUAAAGGCAAUUUUACCAUUUUGUACAUUUGUCCUCGCCUGGAUUUUUUUUCCUUAAUUUUACUUUUAAAACUCCCCCUUUUACCCCUUUAUGAAGUGUGUAAUAUAAACAGUGUUGGGAAGGUGACUUUUAAAACAUAUUCCCCUACAGAUUACAGAUUAAACACACCAAAAUGUAGUUUGUAACAGAAUCCAUUAAAUUAUUUAAAGUGAGUAAUGUAAUCUGAUUACUUUGGAUUACUUGAUUUGCUGUAGAGAAGCAAAGACGAGGAAAUCUUCACAUAAGAAGUUUUGUCUGUUAAAAAAAGUAAAAAAGCCCAGACUUUACUGAACCAAAUUAAAAAUAUUAUUGGUAGAAGACGAGGAAACACGGUCCAAGCAGCUUUAGUCCUGUUAAAUCCUGGUUUAGUCCUGGUUUAGACUUGGUUUUAAUCCUGGCUUAGACCUGGUUUAGACCUGGUUUGGCCCGAAAUGUGAAAAACAGGAAAAUCCCGCCGUGUAAUCCGUUUAUUUCAACAAAGUAACUGUAAUCCAGUUACCACUCACUGAAACAGUAACUGUAACUGAAUACAGUUACUCAUAAUUUGUACUCUGAUUACAUAACUCCAGUACAUGUAAUCUGUUACUCCCCAACACUGAUUAUACAUCCUUUUUUUCAGUACAACCUGUUAUUUUAUAAUCUGCUGCUGUACUUGUGUCAUAUGGCUGAAAUAAAAGCUGUAGGACUAGAAAUACACAUGAAAAAAACAAAAAACGCAAAAUAAAAAUCACACUCUUUCAUACAAAACACACAGAAAACAACUUUUUGAACAUAAAAAACGCUUAAUUUAAAUCAGGGGUGUCAAACUCAUUUUGUUCUGGGGGUCGUAUCCAACCGACUUUGAUCCCAAAGUGUCCGGAUCAGAAAACUCAUGUCAUAUAAACCCCAAAAAUAACAAUAAGUUUAAAUAUUUGUGCAGAGAAACACAAAUCUAUUACAGAAAUCUGUUUUUAAUUGAUGAACUCUUUCUUUUACAAAAUAUUAUAAUAUUAUGAACAACCUGAAACUUUAAGAAAAAACGCAAUUUCAACACAAAGUUUUAACAUGAACUUGUGCAAAUAGGAAUAAAUCAAUUUUUCUUGGAGUCCACUUUUCUCAUGUUGGACAUUUUUCUGAUGAGGGUGUCACGGUCAACAGUCAAAACGAUCGUCCUUUAAGAGCGUUUGGAAAGAGACAAGUCUUCAUUUGUGCUGCUCUGGUGGGAGGGGCCACGUACAGAGACGCUGGAGACGCUGCUUUAAUAGAAAAUAUAAUAAAAAUAUUUUAGUAGAAAAUCAGCCAAGGGUCAGAUUAAAGGUCUCGGAGGGCCCGAUCUCGUAUGUUUGACACCCCUGAUUUAGAGCCUUACCUACGAAAGUGCAAAAUAUCAAGUGUGUAAGUAAACUAAAAAUAUCCUUAAUGCCUCAUAACUAAACAAAAAGUGCAAUGGCCCCGUGAUUUUCCAGAGCCACAUCACUUCCUGCAUUUCCAUGAGGUUUAUUACAUUUGGAUUUGGACAUUUGGACUAAAAUAAACCUGAAAAUCAAAACAACAAUACCAAUACUGUCAUUUUUUGGGGGAUUGCACUAGUCUGAAAUCUUAUUGGUCACAGAUUUGGAGUCACAUAAACCAUGUUUUUGGGUCUAAAUUGAUGUUUACGUGGGAGAUGUUCAUGUCCAGAAUUGGGGAAAUGAUGAUAAAAAGUGAUUAGAAGUUCUAUUUGUAGCGAGCAAAAAAAAGCCAUUUGAAGAAAAACGGCUGAGGGCGGAUCCUCCAUCAAUACACGCAUCAAGAAUCUCGGGAUGUGUCUCUUGUCAAAGUCGAUCUUUUCAAGUCUUUUGAACCGUAUCGCUUUUGUUUUUGGUUCUGGUGUUGUCAUAUUUUAGUUUUGGGAUUCGGACAUCGUAAUUGUGUGGUUGUUGAUUGUCUGGACGGGUUAAAACAACACAGCUUUUAUGUGUAAUUGUGUUUUAUGUGUUAUCUGCAAUGUUUUAAAGUAAAUCUCAGGACGAAACCAGAACUAAAACCAGGACUAAACCAGGACUAAACCAGGUCUAAACCAGGACUAAACCAGGACUAAAACCAUGAACUAAUCCAAGUCUAAACUAGGACUAAACCAGGACUAAACCAGGACUAAACCAAGUCUAAACUAGGAAUAAACCAGGACUAAACCAAGUCUAAACCAGGACUAAACCAGAACUAAAACCAGGACUAAACCAGGAUUAAACCAGGACUAAAACCAGAACUAAAACCAGGACUAAAUCAAGACUGAACCAGAACUAAAACCAGGACUAAACCAGGACGAAACCAGGAUGAAACCAGGACUAAAACCAGAACUAAAACCAGGACUAAACCAGGACUAAACCCAGAACUAAAACCAGGACUAAACCAAGACUAAACCAGGACUAAAUGUUACGGAUGUGAAUAAUUAUCAUUUUAAUAUCAUAAGUUCUGUAUUUAGUUUUUUAUAUAUUUUUUUUGUUACAAGUGAAAACAACAGUGAUUUUGAAGAAACCAUCAUGAAUAUUCAUCUUUUUUCUGCACAUUCUGCUGAUUUUUCUUUUUCAAAUAUAUAAAAUGUUUGUGUCCCUUUUUUAUUACAAUAAACUAUUUUAUUAAA